AUGCAAAUCGUUUUCCCGGCAGAAGCAACUCAGAGCACCCACGGUUCUCAUGGCAUCAAAAUAAACGAAACGGUAACGUAUGAUUUUACAAAUCAAACCUAUGCAUCGAUAAUGGCUGAAGAUUGGCCGAGUAUGUUCACCUAUCCAAAUUGCCAUGGUUUUCCCAAAGCUCCGACUGAUCAUUACGGGAGUGCUUUGGUACUUCGGCCGACUAAAUCAGGCGAAGAAGUUUGGAAAGAUUUCAACACUCAUUUCUAUAAGGGAGAGUGCCAAGAGUACUAUCACAAAAUUAUGGAUUUUGUGGAUAAAUUCUUAGACGAAUACAAAGGAUUUUCAAAGUUUGUUUUGGUGUGGCUAUCGAGGAUAGCACAUAAUUCCGCCAGCGGAUUGUAUCGAACUGAUAAAUAUUUCUCUAAAUUUUUUCGCAAAAAUGUCGAGAAUUUAAACAAUUCUUUCUUAUUUGUAAUGGGUGAUCAUGGAUUACGGUUUGGGAGAUUUCGAAGGACCGGUACUGGAUACAACGAAGACAAUAAUCCAUUACUUAUGGUAGCAGUUCCACAAUAUUUGCGUUCGAAUGAGCAGCUUAUUUUAAAUUUAAAAAGCAAUUCUCGAAGACACACAUCCCAAUAUGAUAUUUACGCUACACUCUAUGAUAUAGCACGAUAUGCAAAGAAAAAAAGUUUCCAGAAUUGGGAUGAACAUGAUUUCAGCGAAGAACUUGGCAAGGUAAGAGGUGGAAUCCGAGCAAGAAGUCUUCUAAGACCCAUUCAAUAUGAUAGGACAUGUGAAGAAAUGGAAAUUCCGGAUCAAUUCUGUAUCUGCGAAAAACAGUGGCACACGAUCGAUAUUCACGAUGAAAAUGUUAUGAAAGCUGCUCAGUUCACUGUUAAUGCAAUUAAUAAUUUCUUGAAAAAGAAAGGAGCAGGCGAAAAAUGCGAAAUACUUCAUUUAAAAGAAGUGGUUUCGGCAGAAUAUAUCAAGGAACAACCGUUACUGAAAGUAGUAGUUAGUGCCUCACCAAGUGAUGGGAGAUACGAAACACAAUUGUUGAAGAAAGCAGAGAGUUUCGAAAUACCUGGAAAAAUUGUUCGAGUGAAUAGUUACGGUAGCCAAAGUCACUGUGUGGAUAAUGAUGACAUUCGCCCACUGUGUUACUGUCGACAACAAUUGAAAGGAAUGAAUGACCACUUUGUGUAA